AUGGCGAUUGAGGAACAGUUCGCCUUGAUGGCGCUAGGCCUUAUUGUCAUUGCUAUACGCAUGCAAGUGCGAUGGAAGCAAGUUGGGAUUGGCAAUUGGCAACUGGAUGACUAUCUGAUGCCCGUCGCCGGUUUAGUGUUUGUCCUAGAAACGGUCGCCGCGUUCCUGGUCGGCGCGAUGUUCGACGGCUUGACAAACAGUUACAUGACCGACGAAGAGCGCGCCUCACUCGACCCGAGCUCACGAGAGUUCUACAAUCGACAGUGGGGGUCCAAGAUCCAAGUCAUUGGCUGGUCUUUCUAUGCUUUCAUUUUGUGGAGUCUCAAAGUCUGCAUCGCAGUUUUCUAUAGCCGCCUUACACAGGGGCUGGCGCAUCUUAGACUACGAGUUCGUAUCGCCUAUGUCCUUCUAGGCGUAACCUACGCCACUGUCUUCUUAUCUCUUUUACUAUCAUGUCAGCCAAUGUCCAGGUUUUGGCAGAUCAACCCGGAUCCAGGCAAUCUCUGUCAACCAACCAACUCGAAACUCUAUGUAUUAAUUAUUCUCAUCCCGAAUAUCAUUACGGAUUUGUACCUCUUGUCUAUUCCUCUGCCACUGCUAUGGUCAGUGAAGAUUGGGACAAGGAGGAAGAUCACAUUGAUGGCUCUAUUCAGUGGCGCCAUUUUCGUGAUUAUGGCAGGAACGAUUCGUGCAGUUGUUAUCCUGACGGCUGGGCCCAAUGGAGCAGUGUCGGGCAGUCAGUGGGCUUGUCGCGAAACCUUCGUCGCCAUUAUUGUUGCCAACCUUCCUAUCAUCCAGCCUUUAAUCCGCAAGGCUGCAGAAAAGAUUGGGUUGAGCGCCCUCUUCAGCCGUACGACGACAAAUGGGCGCAGCAAGAGCCACCAGUUGGAGGACCGAAAUCCCUCUGAUGCCUUCUCUAAGAACCGCAAAAAACCUACCGGACAUCCACUGUCUGUGCCUCACGGCAGCGGUUGGGCCAGCGACGAGCAUAUCUUGGUCAGUGAUCAAAAUAGGAGAGGCUCGAAAGAGAAUGGAAUUAUGGUUGCACAAGAAAUCACAGUACAAGAAGAGCGUGCAUCGAUGGCAGUGCCCAAAGGGGCUCCGAACCCUGGAAUCCACAAUGACUGGGACUACCCAGGUGCGACUGGCGGUGCGGGUGGCAAGAAAUGA